GUUGUGUGAAGGCUUUCGGUGCGAGUCGGAGGGCUAGAAGAUUUGAGUCUACGCCUGCGCACGCAAAAUACGUGACCGAUGGCUGACACCGAUAUCGGCGCGAAUUGGUCGCCGCCCGUGGGUACCUUGAAGAAAUGUUCGAUCUGUUCAAACGACGUGACUGUUAGUUCGGAGCCAUUUCUUCUCCCAUGCUUGCACACAGCCUGCCGAGCGUGCUUGCCCCUCGAGAAGACUGCGGUACAAUGUAGUUUUUGUGAGCUCACAUUUUUCUCUAAUUCUGCGGUUCGUCACCUGGUUCUCAUCGAGCGGUUAGAACGUGAAAGCCCGAAAGAGGAAGCGAAAAAUGAUGAGUCCGCAAGAAACAUGUGUACAUCUUGCGAUGAGGGGGUUAGCGCCACCGGAUACUGCAAGGACUGCGAGGAAUGGCUCUGCGGAGGGUGUAUCUCGGCUCAUCAACGAGUCAAAGUCACUAAGGAUCAUCAGAUACUGUCGACAGAGCAAGCCGGUCAGGCCUUGAAGGCUGCUGCAAAGAAAAGGUUCCAAAUGUGCGAAAAACACCCGAAAGAACCCUUGAAGUUCUACUGCAGCAAGUGCAGCACCUUGACCUGCCGGGACUGUCAACUCGAAGACCAUCAAAAUCACGGGGAUUAUCUAGCGCUGGCGGCCGCCUGGGAGCAACAGAGACCUCAGUUGAAAAUCUUGCAAGAGCGAAUCGCGGAAAAGCAGACUUUGCUGAGGGAAUACGUUGCGUCGUUGGAAAAAUGUCAGGAAUCCAACGGAAAGGCGGAGUCAACGGUGGUGAAUGAGAUUCGCGCCUACGCGAUCAAAUGUGUAGUCCGAAUCAGUUCGCGGGCCAAGGCCUUGAUCCGCGACGUUCAACAAUUAUGCGAUUCAAAAAGAGACUCGCUACAUUACAAACGUCACGAACUCGUGCAGCUUUGUAAGAAACUUUUGGAUUGUCACUCGACCGUGGAAGAGCUGAUUAAGACGGGGAGCGACCUCGCUCUGGUCCAUUCGAAGUCAUACAUGGAGAAGUACAUGGAGUCCUUGAUUGAGAAAGUUGUGCACCUACCCAACUCUAAGGCUGAAAUCAGUCUGAAGUUCAAUCACGAACCGAAAAUCAUUGAGCUCCUCGCCACCUUCGGGAGUAUAACGGAUACGUCGACUCUGCACGUGCGAGGGGUUCCGAUGCCCGGUCUCAAGUCGGGUCACAACGGACAUCCGUUGAGACCGCCUUGCCCGACGCUCGGACUGAACGGUCGCGCCCCAGUACUUCCUCCCAGUUCAUCGAAACCCGCCCCUCAAGCUUCUUCUACUCCAAAAGACAUCUUACCAAAGAGGACGCCAUCUUCCCCGAUCCCUAUUGACAGCUCGAAAGAUGACGUUAUCACAGGCGAUGUAGAACCUACAAAUGCGAAUGGAUCGAUACCGGCUGUGAUCCCUAGAUCCACAGCAACACCUCCUGCAACAAACGUUGCCGCCGCAGGCACCGGUCAAAUCGCUACGCCGGCGGCGACAACCACCCAAGGAGUUCCUACGACAGGUGUUGUGACGUCGACCGUAAGCGAAGAGAACGAUGCAAGCGACGAUUGGUGUGCAGUGUGUCAUGACGGCGGAGAACUCCUUUGCUGUGGAUUAUGUCCGAGAGUCUACCAUUUACACUGCCAUUUGCCGACUCUGGUGUCCACUCCAAGCGAGGACUGGAAAUGCACACUCUGCACACCGAUCCAGGAGGAUUCCCAACCAGCAUCGAAGGACGGCAAUUCCAAACGCAAAAUACCUGUCGGCCUGAGCGGGAAGCAGCUAAAGAUCGCAGAAAAGAUCUUGCUGCAAUUAUUCUGUCACAAUAAAUCAGCACCGUUCCAAACACCCGUCAGUCGAACGGUGCCUAACUACUUUAAAAUCAUCACUCGCCCUAUGGACUUGUCGACGGUGAAGCAGAAGCUCUCAACAAGCCACUUCAAUCAUUACGAGAGCGCAAGGGCCUUCAUUCAGGAUAUCAAACUGAUAUUUAGCAAUUGCUACACAUUCAACGCGAAGGAGUCCACGCUCGCUAAGCAAGCACAAGUCCUGGAGGAGUUCUUCAAACACUUGAUAGAGAAGGAGCUCCCGGAAUGCGUCGCUGAUCUUAACUCGCAAAAUCAAGACGAAGUCGAAGCAGCAAAGAGAGCGAAGACCUCGUAGGUCGACGUCGCGGACCAGGUUGCUGGCGAUGAAUCGUUUUGGUUUGUUGAACAAACGCGUCCACUGGACACGAAUGAGCUCUGAUCACUCAAUGCGAUGCCGAGCGAGGAUGCAGACGAAACUUUCACACGGAUUCUUGUUUGUUGGGAUGGCUGCAUCGUGAAAACCUCGGUACGACUUGGCCUCUCCACCGAAAGUCGUAUCCGGGGAAAAUACGCAAACGCCACCGUCGCUUCCUCAGAUUGUAUUUCCCCCUGGAAUCGUGUCCGAUAAGACAGCUCGGAACGAAAGAAGUUGACUCUGUAUGUCGUUUGAUUCAGAUCUUAGAAGCCGCACAGGUCCUGUCCUCCUCCGUCUCGUUGAACAUCCGUCUCCUCGCAGAGUCGAUCACUUGUAAUACUUUCUCAUACGAAUGUCGUUUCUCGGAAGCACCACCCUCAUACUUUUCGCCGAUGCAUAAUCUUCACGAAGAAAAAAACACAAUAAUUCGAUUGAAUUUGAAGAUCUUCAUGAUCGCCGUUCUCGGUAAUCACAUUUCGAAACUCCAAAGGAAUCGAGCUGUUGUUCAAGAUUGAUGCGACCUCAUUCAUACGGACAAAAUGAAAAUAAGACCAUGAGUCCCCAUUGAUAAUAACAACAACA